UCUCUCUCUGCUGUCUGUCUCUCAACCUAAAAAUCGCUGUUUUUCGGUCUGUGUACCUAUCAUCAUCACCAUCCCUCUUUCUGAAAACUCUGUCACCAUGAGAGUGAGAGCCAAACUCCUCAUCCCUUAAAUCCCUCAGUACUCUGCUGAGAUCCAUAACACUAGACUCUAAUCAAUUAUUUUUGCAUGAAUGAAUGAAUGAUCCAUAUAUAUCAUCAAUCUUCACUAUUAUCUCUUCUCCUUUCACCAUGGCCUUUCCACCUUCUCACACCUUCCUCUUCCACAAUGAAGAUCACCACAACCUCCUCCGUUCAACUUCAACCUCUCUCAACGCCUUCCCUUCUUUCCCACCCCAACAACCACACUUUCAAGGUGGUGGUGGGGGUGCAGCGUUCAUGAUGAAGCGAUCGGUGUCGUUUUCAGGCUUAGAGAUGAACAACAACAAGUGCGAUGAAGUGCUGCAUGGCGGAGACGAUGAUUUGUCCGAUGAUGGGUCCCAGCUAGGGGAGAAGAAGAAGAGGCUGAGUCUGGAGCAGGUAAAGGCGCUUGAGAGGAGCUUCGAGCUCGGGAACAAGCUUGAGCCUGAGAGGAAAAUGCAGCUGGCUAAGGCUUUGGGGUUGCAGCCCAGGCAGAUCGCUAUAUGGUUCCAGAACAGGAGGGCUAGGUGGAAGACAAAGCAUCUUGAGAAGGAGUAUGAAGUGCUCAAGAAGCAGUUUGAAGCUGUUAAGGCUGAUAAUGAUAACCUUAAGGCCCAGAACCAUAAACUUCAUGCAGAGUUACAAUCUCUUAAAAAUAGGGAAUGCUGUGAAACUGGAACAAUAAGUUUCAAAAAAGAAAAUGAGGGUUCUUGGAGCAAUGGAAGUGAUAACAGCUCAGACAUCAAUUUGGAACCCUCAAGAACACCAAUGAUGAACAGUCCUGCUGUAUCUUCUGAUCAGAAUGGUAAGAAUCUUCUACCAACUUCACUAAAACCCACCAGCAUAACUCAGCUUCUCCAAUGCUCAUCAAGAACAGAUCUUCAAGAUGAAAGCUUCUCCAACAUGUUUCACAGCAUUGAUGAUCAGCAGCAGAAUUUUUGGCCCUGGCCUGAGCAGCACCAUAAUUUUCAUUGAACCAACAUCAUCAUCAUUUGAAGGUGAAACUUGAAAAUGCGAAAAAGUUCAUGAGGAUUAUAUCUCAAACCUUUAAUUCUUUUUCUUUCUACCAGUUUUUCAAUUUAUGUUUUUGAUGUAGAUUGGUGUAUAAAGUUCAAACAGAUCUAUCAUGAGGAGAUGGUGGACUUUGAGUAGUGCAACUUCUUUCCUACUACUACUACUACACUUUUAUUAUGUGUUUUGCUAAAGUAUAUACUUUGUGCUAAGUUGAAAUAAAAUAUCAUAAAUCAUAUAGUUAUUAUUAUACAUGUGA